GGCCGAGGCAGAGGCGCAGAGAUGGGCUCGGAAAGUGGGCCAGAUGGGCUUCGACAGACCGUUGCUGUGAGUACGUCUGCAGGGCAAGUUCAGUGCUGCGACGAGAGUGAUGACGCCAGGUUUGAUCAGGACGAGUUUUUCGGCAUCAGAGGUGGUGGGAUUGGAGGAGUGUCUUUUAUGGCGUCUCCGUGUGCUACGAUCCCACGGCCAGCCGACCCCAGUUUGGUGUGUGACGGGGGUGAGCGAGGGCAGAUAUUAGAUCUCAGGCUGAAGGGCGUCAUCACCACCGUCAACGUAGAAGGGCCUGGGCCAUUCAAGCUGUUUAUGAAGACGUGCAGGUCCAAGAUCGUGGCUGUCCAGGAGCAUCGGACCCCGAUCAGGAAUUGACCCUCCCUUCAGGCUCACAUCCGCGACCUUAGCUACCAUGGAUUUAUAUGUGGGGCGGUCGAGCCAGAGCGCUACAGCAGAUCAGGAGGGGUUGCGAUUCUUGCACCUUUUGUUCAUAUCGUUGUCAAGGCCCCGCCCGAGUUUCCUGAUCAUGUGAUUGAGCCUGGUCGCAUUGCAGCCGCUGACGUCUCCUGGAUGGUGCCAAGAGGUGUGGUGACUGUGGCUGCAUAUAUAAUUUCUGGUGAGGGUUGAGUGCUGCGAAUGAAGCUCUCUUGGUCAAGAUCGUCCGUUACGUGGCCAUCCUCAAUGCUAUGGGUCGAGACUGGAUCAUCUUGGGAGACUGGGACAUUAUUCCAGAGCAGCUACCUGAUGGUUUGACUGCUGGGGUGAAUGGGUUCGUUGCAGCGCCCUCCAGGCCCUCUUGUCUUCUUGAGCAGCCUGGUAGCAGUUUGCUUGACUACGCUCUCGCGUGUGCCAAAAAAGCGACGAGAGUGAAGAGGCUUCGGUGGUGGACAACAGCAACGUGAAGGUGCAUUUGCCAGUGGAGCUACCUGUUGAGAAUGGAGAUCGCCCCGCAUGGGUGCGCCAAGUUGUUGAACCAGUUCCGUUUCCCAAAAUAACAUUUGUGGGAUAUGAAAAUGUUCCGUUUGAUUGGGGGCAUGCUGACCGACCGCUUUUUAAUGCACAGACCGUUUUGGAUUUGAGUAUGAUUUGGGAUUCGAUUUCAGGUGUUGAAUUUGAGUUGCAGGGCGUUCCUGAUUGCGCUGAUGGAGUAAAGGCUUCGUCGACGUCUAGGCGUGGUGGCCCCCUUGUACCAAAGUAUUGCAGUCCAAAUCGCGACCUCCACUACAACAGUUGCAACAUGGACCUGCAUUGCGAGCGUGGAUGGCAGCUCCGUUACAGCGGUCCAGAACGCGAAUGCCCUCGCGGAAAACACUCCUAUCGGGCUGCAGACCAUGGUCAACAGGCUGAGGAAAGGUAACUCUGGGGAUGAAACUAC